AUGUCUCAGACGCCAUGUGAUGUCCCACCCCCGAAUUUUCAUACAUCAUUGCCGCCACCUGAUGUGUGGCCCUGGCCUGCUAGCGCUAACGGUCCUCACGCGCCAGUAUUACCGAGGCCGCCUCACGGACCACCUCUUGCAGCACAACUCGGCAAUCCUCCCCAUCGAAUGAGACCUCCUCACAGCCUGCAAGUGCCGCCUCGUCCUUAUUUUGCUAAUGGAUCCAACCCUGGAGUUCGUUUUCCUCCACCUGACCUGCAAGCCUCUUUUCCAUCUCUCAGACCUCCAUUGAAUGCAGCCUCAUUCGGGGACAUGCGCGGGACUGCUCCUAUGCCUGAGUUUUCACGGCCGCCUCCUCACAAAUAUUCACUGUUUAUCCCACCAAACAGUGCGGCUCAGUGGGCUCGCUUUCCACCUCCACCUCAUGAGGCAAGAAAAUUAUACUCCCAUCAUCUUUCUCAUAUUCCAGCACAAGUUCGCUUUCCAACGACCGAAACUCCACCAAUACCCUCUCUACAGAUCACCGAUCCAUCAGUGCCCAAUCCCAGAAUCUCUGGUCCAUCAAAUCAUGUGAAAAAUUCAUCAUCUACUUCAGAUAAUUUUCUUCGUUCCUGGGCUCCCGUGAUUGAUCGUCCCCAAAUCCCAGACUUCUCUGUUCCUCCUCCUGGCAGAGUUCUGCCUCCCAGCUCCUCAGUCUCGACACCUGCCAACAAACAAGCUCAUCAGUUGCCGACUGAUACUGCGCCUCUCAUCAAUAUGUCGAAUUUCAAGCCUCCAAGUUACUCUUUCCCCCCGCCUCAACUCGAACCCACUGAAUUGAUCUCGUAUUCUAUGCCGCCGCCGCUGUCUGGUCAGAAGGUUAUCUUGAAAGAAGGAAAAAACAGCUUACCUGGAUCUCAUCAACCUAACUGUGGUAGGAAGAUUGCUGGUGGGUUUGCUAGGAGUAGUCAAAGAGCUUCUGCACUAAACCUGAUAACCGAAAGCUUUUCUGAGACGAGGAAUGUAUCGUUGAAUCAAACUACAUCUGUUUCAUCAUCGACCCUUAAUGAGGUACAGUGGCACCCGUGGAACAGGAGUUGGGUGAGCAGCGUCAAGACUCAGAAGCUCGUUGACGAGUGGCUGGCGCAGAAGUUGGAAAGCAGAAGCCGCACAAGGAGACAGCAUGCAACCCCUGCGGGAGAUUUACGGCCCAACACAAGCCACGUUAGGUGUGAUGAGCAACCGCCGUGCGGUAAUUCAACCAGUAAUGCAGAUGACGAAUCGUCAGCUAAUGUCAAUCUCUCGGACAAAGAAUUGGCUCAUAAAAGACUCGUAGCUGAUGUAAUCCCGCUUGUGAAGAAGGAUCUAAAAGAAUUAAGAAUUUGUGAUGUUCACCUCAUCGUUGCCGCCUUCAAGCUUCUCAUGGAGGAGCUUCGCAGCUGCAUCAACAGCCGCACAAUUUUUAAGAAGAAGGAAUUGCUGGAUGACAUUCGGAAUCUGUUGUCGCAGUCCACGUUCCAGGCGACGGUACGGCGACUCGUGCGCGCGCGCAGCAAGAAGCGCGGGCGUCACAAGCGCCGCCGCGCGCUGCGCAGACAAGAGUGCGCCAGCAGGAGUCGUCAAAUCGACGCUCACUGGCAGAAAAUCCGGGCACUCGAACAGAAACGCCUACAAGAGACCAAGCUGCGCGCUGAGGUUGACUGCGUCCUCAAGGAGGUGCGCGGCAAGCAGACGGACGCCGCGGCGCUGCAGUCGCUGCUGUGGACGCUCAGAGACCUCAGGCAGCACCGCCUCAACAGGGGCGAGCAGCAGGGAUAUGUGUCCUCCCAGGAGGCCGAUGAGGCCUUCGCUAGGGUCGUAGACGGUCUGGACGAGAUGAUAGACGGACAGCUUGCAGACUACGCCCUGGAGGAGCGAACUCUGCAGGCCAUGCUGCAGAGCAACCGCCCUCCUGCUCAGCAGGAGCCACCGCCUGCAGAGGAGCCUCAGGAGCCAGGCGUGGCUAAGGCGACUGUCAAGGAGCUGCUGUUCGGCGCCCGAGCUGCUGGCGACGCCGCGGCGCUCGCCUCCUACUGCGCCGCCGACCGCAGCGUCGAGAUGCUCGUAGCAAGAAGGCGCGCCUGGGAUAAAUACAUCGUCAGCAACCGUGGGCCCCCACAAGACUCCAGGACAGCAGCCUCAGGCGUCCCCCUGACUUGGGUGCUACCCCCCGACAACCCCUCGAUCCCCUGGCGGCAGUACCUUGUUUCUUCAUGAUAUUAAUUGCAAAAUAUUCGAAAACAUCGCGAGAUAUAGAGGAAAAUUUCUCCACGGACAUGCAAUUUAUAGAUGAUAAUCGGGAACUCGAAGAACAUUGUUUUCGCUGCAAAGGCUUUAGUCCUCGUAGGCUGUGAUCGACCAAAUUCGUGGAGGAACCUGACGUUGUGGGUCAGAUUGACCCAGUUAGGUGGCGUGACGCGGCCGCCUUUUGUCGUGCAUUUGUGGACAAGGCAUACUUCUGGGUACAAAUAAAUUUACAUUGUUAUGAGUAUGGCAUGAAUUAGAUGUCUUGCUCAUUAACUGGACUUACCAUUACAUAGUAUACCUUGAUGAUGAUGAUGUAAUGUUUCAUCAUUUGUUAUUAGCGGGACUUUUAUGGUUCGUUCAAGAAAUCUGAGUAUUUCCUGCAUCUGAACGAAAAUGACAACUUAAUUAAUUUUGAACACCGCGUUUGAAGUUGCCACAUGUGUUUUUUACGAAUCAUCAGUUGAAUUAGAAGUAGCAAUUGACUCGUUCCAUAGGAAGACCACCUGUAGUGUAUGGUAAAUUGGUAGGAGCUGGUACCGUACCGAGUGUCACCGCGAAGCGCAAAUUAUUCUUUGAAAACUAUAGUAAUGAUAACCUCUUCAGAGUUUUUUCUAUUUCCCAACGUUUGUAGAAUAAACCUUAAGAUGAUUUGUAAUUUCCGCAUUUUAUUAUUCCAAGAUUGUUUAUGGUUAUGGAUGACAACACUUUGGUGGGCAAACAAGCACUCAAUAAUUCGAAUGUAACACAAACUUCCAUGCACUGAUUGGAGUGUAACACCAACUGUAACAAAUUUGAUUGUAACUCGAACCAAAACGCACUAAUAAAUACUCAGUCUGA